CAAAAACCAGAAACAAAUGGCAAUAGAAAUUUAAAAAACAAGAGCGAGGCGUUUGAAAUUGGCAGAUGCGGAAGAGAGAGUUUUUUUGAAAUAAAUAGCGGGGAGUUAGUUUAGGGCUGAUAUUUCCCACUAAAUCUUGUGAGAGAAGAAGAGUCCAGAAGAAGAUACGGAGAGAGAGAGAGAGAGAGAGAGAAUGGGGAGGCCAAGGUGCUAUCUGGACAUAAGCAUCGGAGAAGAGCUUGAAGGAAGGAUAGUGGUGGAGCUUUACAACGAUGUCGUUCCGAAGACCGCCGAGAACUUCAGGGCUCUCUGUACCGGCGAGAUGGGAGUUGCCCCCAAUACCGGUGUGCCUCUCCAUUACAAGGGGGUCCGUUUUCACCGUGUUAUCAAGGGCUUUAUGGUACAAGGUGGGGAUAUAUCUGCUGGUGAUGGUACAGGAGGAGAAUCAAUAUAUGGGUUGAAAUUUGAAGAUGAGAAUUUUGAACUGAAACAUGAAAGGAAAGGAAUGUUAUCAAUGGCUAACUCUGGUCCAGACACGAAUGGUUCUCAGUUUUUCAUCACAACAACCCGCACUUCUCAUCUAGACGGGAAACAUGUUGUAUUUGGGAAGGUAGUCAAAGGAAUGGGAGUAGUGCGAUCAAUGGAACAUGUUACAAUCGGUGAAAAUGAUUGUCCUACUGUUGAUGUUAACAUUGUGGAUUGUGGAGAGAUACCUGAGGGGGCAGAUGAUGGGAUAUCAAACUUUUUCAAGGAUGGUGAUGCUUAUCCUGAUUGGCCAGCUGAUCUUAAUGACAGUCCUAGUGAACUCGCUUGGUGGAUGACAGCCGUAGACUCAAUUAAGGCUUUCGGUAAUGACAAUUACAAGAAAGAAGACUAUAAGAUGGCUCUUAGAAAGUAUCGGAAGGCAUUGCGGUACCUGGAUAUUUGUUGGGAAAAAGAUGGCAUUGAUGAAGAAAAGAGCUCAUGCUUGAGAAAGACUAAGUCGCAGAUUUUCACAAACAGCUCUGCUUGUAAAUUGAAAUUAGGAGAUCUGAAAGGAGCAUUGUUAGACACGGACUUUGCAAUGCGUGAUGGAGACAACAAUGUAAAAGCUUUGUUUCGCCAAGGUCAGGCAUACAUGCAACUUAACGACAUUGAUGCUGCAGUUGAAAGCUUCAAAAAGGCAUUGGAUUUGGAGCCAAAUGAUGCUGGAAUAAAAAAGGAGCUUGCUGCUGCUAAGAAGAAGAUUGCCAAUAGGCGUGAUCAGGAGAGAAAGGCAUACAGCAAGAUGUUCCAAUAGCAUCACUUUAUAACAGUCAACUGGCUUGUCCAUACAUCAGAACAACAUAAACCUCAAAUUUAGUGAACUCACUCGUAGGGCAACUGGUUCAGGCUUUUUUGGUUAUGACUUGACUUUCUGAAGGAAAAAAUUGGGUACUAAGUUAAAUUUUGUUUCAACGUUAUUAAUUGCCUGUUGCAGGGUGUUUCCCCUUUGUAAAAGAUUGGGAUAGUCUUUCUGUAUGCAGCUUUUAUCUUUUUAAAUUGUCAUCUAAGGGAUGCCUUUUGCCUCUUCUCUUGUAGACUGUUACAAUGUCGAUAGAAGAACGAACUGAUCCCUCAGAGAAGAUUAUAAUUGUAAAAAGUCGAGGCCUGAAACAAAUCUAAUUGGAGUUUCUUUUUAUUUUUUGUUCACUCUGUUUUGAGAAGCUUUUACCAAAUUGGAACUGGCAAUUUCUGAUGUUCUGUGACUGGUUGAAAUGUUUGAAAUUUUAAUCAAAACAAUUUUGUCAUGUUUCCAAACUGUAACAACUUUGAUAUGGAAUGUACAAUUUUGAUUGGUACCUGGUUUUAUUGAUUA